AUGUCGAAGAGAAUAAUGUGUGAAGUAUUCUGUACUGCUGAGGACUUAGGAAUGGACAUCUUUUAUAGCGACACCGACAGUAUGCAUCUCUACAAUGAAGAUAUCCCUCGUUUAGCUGAAGAGUUUGAGAAACGUUAUGGAAGAGUUCUCAUUGGUAAAAACCUUGGUCAGUUCCAUUCUGACUUCGCAGAAAUAACACCUGGAAAACAAAGUUUAGCAUACAAGUCAAUAUUUUGUGGAAAGAAGACUUACAUAGACUUACUCACGAAUGAUUUAAAUGAAGUUGCAUUCCACUGCAGAAUGAAAGGCGUGAAGCAAGAUGUUAUUGCUUUAACCGCUAAUGAAAUGUUUCCUGACUCUGUUCAGUGUUUCUAUGAUGAAGAUAAAGGUUUAAUGGUUCCGCAAGGAACAUAUGACAAAGACUCUGAGUUCAGUGUUAUGAAGUUAUAUAAAACACUUCAUGAUGGUCAAGAGAUUGCAUUCGACUUAUGUAAGUCUUCUAGUCCUUGCUUUGCUGAAAAGUUUAACUUCUCAAUAACGACUAAAACAAGCUUUAUUCGUAAGUUGAAGUUCUGA